ACAGGUGGCCCUGAACAAGGGGUGGAGAGCCAGGAGUCAAGGAUCCAGGCAGACCCGUUCCUGCCAAGCACAGAGGGACUUCGACGACUUCGGCGGCCCAGAUUUCUCAAGAAAAAAAAUGAGUAAGAGGAGGAAGCCUCGGACCUCAGGAGAAGGACUCCGUCCUCCGAAACCCCCAAAGAACCCCAGGCUGGGACACUGUCAGGGGGGCCCGCGGAGUUCCCAGUCAGGCCCCUUGCACCACCCUGAAGAGUUCGAAGACGGCUCAGGACCCGCUGCCUUUGCAGAGUUGAGCAGGGAGGAACUAGGUGGGGCCAUCUGCAGCUCUCCCCAUGAGGAAGCGGGAGCUGCCCCCAGGCUCCUCAGGCAGCCAGAAAGGGAGCCAAUUCCUCUUCCCCCUUCCCAGAACUCAGUUGGAAGAUUUGUCCCCCAGUUUGCAAAACCCAGGAAAUCAGGGACAAGAAGAGCAGAAACGAGGGAAGAGGACCCCGAGCCUGGGGCUGUUAGCUCGGAAACACUGCCAGAGCCCGGUGCCCAGCAGGCGGGGAGCCUGCUGCUGCAGGAGUCUCCGGAGCUUGCUCUGCAGGAGGCCAGGGGACUUGGAGGGCAGACACAGGCAGACAGCGCCCCCUCCCAGCUGAGGGGGCAGAGCCUCGGGACACUCGUGCCUGGCAGGGGGCAUUCUCAGCCCCUGUUCUCUCCAGAAGGGGGAACAGGGCCCAUCCACCCAGAGAGAGCCAGCCAGGACCCCCAGUUGGAGCAAAGGAGCAACAUGCUGGAAGGUGGGAACCCAGAGAGCAGCAGUCCUGAGACAGAGAGGGCUUGGGUUCUAGGUGAUCGUGGCCAGAACGGGCCCCUGCCAGGCAGUGGUACUGAGGAGGAGGAGCCAGACAGAGGAGCCCCCCAGGAGGGAGGUGCCCAGGGUGGGGCAGGGGCCAACCUGCCUGGGGUGCCCAAGGAAGGAGCCUGCAGCCCCAGCACUCCAGCGCCUGCUUCUGCCCUGGGCCUUGCUCAGGCGCUGAGUCCCGCCACUCCACCCCUGAAGACCUGGUGUGUGGCCCAGGACCUCCCUGACCCCAGGCAGAUACCUGGCGGGACAGGCAGAGAAGCAGAGCAGAGCUGCAGCAGCCCAGGAUGCACUUCCCUUGGGACUGUCGUCACCGCAGACAUGAGCGCGGACCCCCUUGAGAUGGAACAGAGAGCCCCAGAGGUGGCCAGACCAGACGGACAGGCCGUGCCCAGGCUGCCUGCCUCUCCCAGCAGAGGCUGCAGUGGAGCCAAGCUGGACCCUGUGCCUCUUGCUGAGGAGCCCUCAACGGGCAGAGGAGACCUAGGAUUCGAAGGUGAUCCCCAGUGUGACACGCCUUUGAGCCCUCUAGCGUUCCUGGCUCCAGCUUCUGGGAACCAAGAGCCCACGGUGGGUGCUAAGGAUUCUGGCCAUCUAGCCCUGGAGAUGGGUCCAGACAUCAGUCAGAUACAGGGGCCCAGCCCCGUCCCAGAGCAGCCAGGACAGCCGUGCAUAGUGUCUUCCGGCACACAGCCGGACAGGCAGGCAGACGCACAGGCAGCCGGGCUAGGCAGCCAGGGCUCUGGACAGGCCCUGAAGGUGCUCAGUCUGUCCCUCCGAGCCUCUGGUCUGCUGGAGCUCUCAGACACAGUGGAUGACCCUCCCCAGGAGGCCAGGGCCCACCCGGGCAACCCAGACCCCUCUGCAGACCCAGCAAGCCGGCCCCGACACCCUCCUGCGUCCUCGGACCAGGCCGAGUGGCGGGAGUCCCCAGACGUGGAGCUCGACUUCCUGCCAGACAGUCAGAUGCAGGAUGCCCUGGACGUCCCCGACUCUGAAGCCCCACCCGAGCAGGUUUUUCCUGCAGGGAGUAAGUCUGGCCUCUGCUGGCCUGACCCCAGCCCACGUGCCAGAGGAGACCUUGUGGUGGCCGAGGUCCAGCCGAGGCCCGGCGCCGCAGGCCAAGCCCAGGAGGCCUGCAGGAUGGCAGACGCCACGGGAACCGUGCGGGGCCUGGUGGUAGAACUCUCCAACCUUAACCGUCUGAUCAUGAGCACCCACCGCGACCUGGAAGCCUUCAAGCGCCUCACCUCCAGGAAGGCAAAGCCACCAGGGAAGAACCCUCUGCUCUACCCAUCCAGGGGGGCUGGGACCCUCUCCCGAGGGGAGCAGGCCUGGAGGGACCUGUAGGCCUCUGCCAGAGACCGGAGGCUCCCUGUGCACCCUGGUCACCGGCUAAAGGCCUGGAAGCAGUCUCCCCGCGGGACAGCCCCCCAUGGGCCACCUGGUGUUUCCUUCCAGUAUUCUCCAGGGGGUCCUGCUGAGCUCCAGAAGCUCCCCUCCGCUGGGAGGCACCACCUGCUUGGCCAGGGUCACAGCUCCUGUGCUUCCCCAAGCCCUGGCAGUGGGGCUCCAGGAAGUGGCUGUCGAGCAGGCCCAGCACCCCCCCAGCACCCCCCCUCACUGCACCUAGAUGUUUAUCUGCAUUUGCAAAUUUAAGCUCCUUAACCAAGAUCCCAGUAGGUUCAGAAUUUGCUUCUCUCCUGGAGGAGAGAAGGGCUCCCUUUGUUGCUUGUAUCUUAGUCUUUCCCCCAAUUUCCAUUUUAUUUCUUCUGGGAAAACCAGUAAUAAACGGUCCUUUCAUGAGA